AUGACAGAUUUAGUUUAUGGAACUGUACAAACGAUACAGGAUAAAAAGGUUAUGGUAGAUGAAUUAAACAAUAAUAAUAAUAUGAUCGUUCAACUACAUAAGAUAAAUACUUACAAGAAUAAUCUUAUAAAUAGUAAUAACAAUAUUAAUAAUAAUGAUAUUAUAGACAAUAAUAAUACUACUAAUGACGAAAUGAGUAAUACUUUUUCAAAUGAAGAAAAAUUAAUUCAACAAACAUUAUCAGUUUCCAAAAAGAGAAAAAAAUUUAAAUUAAUAAAUUCUAAACGAUUUAAACAAAAUGAUCAACACAAUAAUAAACAUAAUUAUCAUAUAUGUCCAUUUGAUAAAGUGAAUACAAGAAAUGGUAAUAUUGAGAUAAUUACAGAAAGAAUACGUGAUAAAUGGAAUAAGAAGAUUGAUUUCUUAUUAUCUGUUAUUGGGUUUGCUGUUGAUUUAGCAAAUGUCUGGAGAUUCCCUUAUUUGUGCUAUAAAAAUGGUGGUGGUGCUUUUCUGAUUCCAUAUGGUCUUAUGCUAAUAUUUGGUGGAAUUCCCUUAUUUUAUAUGGAAUUAGCUUUAGGACAAUUUAUUCGUAAAGGUGCUAUUACGUCAUGGGGAAGAGUGUGUCCACUUUUGAAAGGUGUUGGUUACAGUGUUGUUCUUGUGGCGUUCUACACUGAUUGGUUUUAUAAUAUGAUUAUAGCUUGGUCAUUAUAUUAUUUUGGGGCAUCAUUUACAUUCAAUUUACCAUGGAUGUCGUGUAAUAAUUCAUGGAAUACAGAGAAUUGCAUAGAUUUUCAUUUGACAAAAAAUGAUUCCAUUUCUCAAUGGGAUAAUUUUUCACUACGUAGCAAUUAUUCCAUUGUGGGGAAUAUAACAUUUCCUGUUGAAGAAUUUUUCAGUAAUCAAGUUCUAGGUCGUACUAAAGAUACAAAUGUAGAAAAUCCUGGUAAAAUUCAAUGGCAAAUACUAUUGUGUUUUAUAGCUGUUAUGGUUAUUUGUUAUUUUAGUCUAUGGAAAGGAAUACAUACAUCAGGCAAAGUUGUUUGGUUUACUGCAUUAUUUCCCUAUGUUGUAUUAAUAAUAUUUCUAUUUCGUGGAAUCACUUUACCUGGGUCUACAAAUGGUAUAUAUCAUUAUAUAUGGCCAAAUAUUGAGAAGCUUAAAUCCGCUGAACCAUGGGUAGAUGCUGCAACACAAGUAUUUUUUUCACUUGGACCUGGAUUCGGUGUACUUAUGGCUUAUGCAUCUUAUAAUGAAUUUCAUAAUAAUGUAUACAGGGAUGCAUUACUUGUGGCAUCAAUUAAUUCGCUAACAAGUUUGUUAUCUGGAUUUGUGGUAUUCACAUUAUUGGGUUAUAUGGCAUAUAAACGUAAUGUACUUGUAUUAGAUGUGAUCAAAGAUGAUCCAGUAUUAGUCUUCAGUGUCUAUCCAGAAGCAUUGUCAACUUUACCCGGUUCGACAUUUCUAUCAAUAUGUUUCUUUCUCAUGUUGCUCACUUUGGGUUUGGACAGCUCAUUUGGAGGUUCUGAAGCCGUCAUCACGGCGUUAAGCGAUGAAUAUCCUAUGAUUGCAAACCAUCGAGAAUUAUUUGUACUUGGUUUAUUCACAUUCUACAUUGGGAUCGGAGCUUUGGAAUCAACUCAAGGUGGGAUCUAUUGGUUUCAUUUGUUUGAAAGAACUUGCGUUGAAUAUCCAAUUUUACUGGCUGUAUUAUGUGAAACAGUUUGUAUCGCUUGGAUAUAUGGUGUUGAUCGUUUUCGACAAAACAUUAAACAAAUGUUGGGCUUUCAACCAGGAAUAUUUUGGAAAAUUUGCUGGAAGUUUAUUGCUCCACUUUUCAUUCUGUUCAAUAUUACUUAUGGAUUAUCGAAUUAUCAACCCCUACAAUUAGGUGAUUAUACCUAUCCAUUAUGGGCAAAUAUAUUGGGUGGUAUUUUUAGUGGUUCAGCUGUUUUAACAAUACCAGUUGUAGCUAUUAUUCAAAUAUUACGUACGGAGGGAACUUUCAACGAAAGAAUUAAAAAGCUUAUUCAACCUCAUGAAUGUAUGGAACCUAAUGAAUAUUUAAUAGAAGAUAAAUCUAUCAUAAAUAAGAAAAUACCAGUCAGUUUAUCAGAUACAUUCAAUUCUUUAAAAUCAUCAUCAUCAUCAUCUUACUUAAAAAAAGUACAAUCAACUCAUUCAAUUCCAAAUUGUUCUAAAGUGAAUACAAAUGUAUAA